AACCAAAGCUACCCCUCUCUCUCUCCCCCCACUUCCUCUCUUCCUCUCUGAGUCAUUUCCACGAACACAUCACGAGCUUGAAAUGAACAAUCUCUCCUUCUUCCCCUUCCUCUUCGCCGCCUCCAUCGCCUACCCGGCUGCCGCCGACGACUCCACCAGCGCCUUCAUCUACGCCGGCUGCUCCCAGACCCACUACGCCCCAGGAUCCCCCUCCCAGCUCAACGUCGACUCUCUCCUCUCCUCCCUCGCAUCCGCCUCUUUCGCCUCCCCCUACUCCAACCUCACAUCCGCCGUCGCCUCCGCCGCCUUCCCUGCCUUCGGUCUCUUCCAGUGCCGUGGCGACCUCCAGCCCUCCGAUUGUGCUGAGUGCGUCCGAUCCGCUCUCUCCCGCAUCUCCUCCCUAUGCCCCUUCGCGGCUGGCGCAGCCGUCCAGCUCGCCGGCUGCUUCCUCCUCUACGGCAACGACUCCUUCGUCGGGAAGCCCGAUACCAGCGUCCUCUACAAGAAGUGCGGCGCCGCCGCGGGCGCAGGGUACGGGCCUGAUCAGAUCGGGAUCCGCGAUGCAGCCCUAGCCUCCCUGACUGGCAGAGGCAACGGUCCCACUGCUGGCGGAUACAGGGUCGGUGCCGCAGGGUACGUGCAGGCGGCGGCGCAGUGCGUCGGGGACCAGAGCGCGAGCCAGUGUGAUGACUGUGUGGCGGUGGCGGCGGCGCAGCUCAGGGCCGCGUGCGGGUACGCGGUUGCCGGCGACGCCUACCUCGGCAAGUGCUACGCCAGGUUCUGGUACAACCGCAACGGGGCCUACAACGACGAGGCGGACUACCACCACCACCAUGACGAUGAUGAAACUGGGAAAACAGCAGCAAUUGUCAUUGGCCUCAUAGUAGGAGUUGCUCUUCUCAUAAUGUUCCUCACCUUCCUUAGAAAGGCUGGAAGCUAUGGUAUGUUCUCCAUCCCCUCUUUGACACUUCAACCUUUGCUUUUCUUAUACCCUCAAAGUUUUCUUCAUUUCAAAAUGCAUUUUAAACUCCGCCAGAAAUUUUGAUCUUUAAUUGGAAUGAUACUAUUUUGGUAUUAUAUGUAUGUUUUGAUGCAUGGCGCCAAUAAUGAAUUGAAGUUGAAGAAAUAAGGAAAUGAAACAUAGGAAGGAGACAUUGUGCUGAACAUGAUUUUAAAUCUUGUAUCAUGGGAGAUGAAAUAGUUGAAAAUAACAUUCCGGUAAAUCAUUGGAACUUGAUAACAUUCAACACAAAUAAUGUCUUCUUCCUUGGCUUCAUAUCCUUCCUUCUUCAAUCUCCAAUUUGUCACUAGGAAUCAUCAUGCAUCAGAGUCUCAGGAUGACACUGGAACAAUAUCUUUUUAAUCAAAGAUUCAAACUAUGACACAAUUUAAGAUUUUCAAUUUUAGUGUUGAAUGGUAUCAUUUUCGUUGAUUUAUGUUUUGACUGUUUUAUCCCACGCAUUAUGUGAUCUCAAAUUAUGAAACUCCUAUCAUUUCACUUUUUAAUUCUUAACAUGAUUAUUUUAUUGAAUGGGUAAAAAAUGACUUCAAUAUCUAUUAGAACAUUAUUCUACUAGGUAAAUUAACAACUUUGUUAUUGAUUAUUAUGGGGUGAAAUGAUAAAAAUCUAA